AUGAAAGGGCAUUGCAAGGAUCCCGAGCUAGCCUUAGCAAAGGAGGCGAUCUUGCAGGCGCAAGCUCAGACGACGAAAUGGAUCACGAUGACGGUGGUGAUUUCGUGUGUUGGGGUGUUGGGAGUGACUGCGAUUAUGAUGGGGGUCUACCUGUCAGGAAACCUUCAUCAAGAAGAUGAUGACGAAUACAUGGUGACCAUAACUCCGAUUUCACAAGCUAUGAAAGGGGCCAGUUUAGAGGACGACGUCGCACAGCGGCAUCUGGAUCUUAGCUUAUCAAAUCCGAACAAAGAAUCCAUGGCUUUUCCAACCAAAUCACGUAAAAAGAUUGAUGAUCAUAACGAAAAUUCUUUAUUUAAAAAAAGUCGUCUGGAUGGUUCUAAGAAUAAAGAGGUCAUCCGAGAUUUCGUGGCUAGUGGCAUGCACAGUAUGAAUACCAUCACAAGAGAGAUGUUGAAACUGCCAGAUUACAUAAAGAAAUACGCUAAGCCAAUUAUGUUAAAACCAUCUUCAGAUGACAGGAAAAAGUUGAUAGAAAAAUCCAGGAAACCUCUGAAAAAAGACGUAACUGUUGUUGGAAGCAAUAUACAAGAUGAACGUAAUGUCAACAACGAAAUAAGAGAUUUUACUAUCACUCCUGAUAUAAAUUCUAUUACUAAUAACUUCCUUAAUCGUGUAGUGAAUAAUAUCAGAGAUAAUUAUGAAUACGACCUAUCUCAACCUGAUUUCAACGAUGAAAGCUAUGAGUUCGAUAGCUCAGAGGAGACCGAUCCAAACUCUGAAGAUGUAAACGAUGAAAAUCACUUAUCCACAGAUGAAUUGUCAUUAGACACCUCUAGUGAAGAGUCGAAAGGGGUUUCCAUAGAACAGAAGGGUGAAAGUCAGUCGACAGAAGAAAACAGUGAUGAUCAGAAGGAUGAAAGUCAGUCGACAGAAGAAGAAAACAGUGAUGAUCAGAAGGAUGAAAGUCAGUCAACAGAAGAGGAAAACAGUGAUGAACAGAAGGAUGAAAGUCAGUCGACAGAAGAAGAAAACAGUGAUGAUCAGAAGGAUGAAAGUCAGUCGACAGAAGAAAAAAACAGUGAUAAUCAAUCAUCUGUGAAACAAAAUGAUGACGAACAAUCGUUGAAAGAAGACGAUAAUCAAAAGUCAUCGUCAGAGCAACAAGAUGCAGAAAAUCUAUCAGCAGAAGACAAUGAUGAUGAACAGAAGUCGUCAGAGGAACAGAAACAGUACAGUAUAUCUAAACAUUCGUCAGAAGAGAAAGCAGAUGAUGAUGAAGACGACAUAGCUUCAUUUGAAGUAAAUGAGAAGAGGCAAUCCUCUGAAGAGAUUAAUAACGCCGACCAGUGGUCGAACAACUACCCAUUACAUAAAAGUGACGUCGAUUCAAAUGAACUGGAAAUCAUCGAACCUCCUGAGCUGGAUAAUGACUACAGUUUUGAAUAUGACAACUCCCAAGAUGAAGAUAAAUUUAAAGCAAUUGUUGCUACGUCCUUAAAUCUACAAUAUAAUCUAAAUUCCAACGAAAAUUUGCAAGCUCCGGACAGCGAUUCUAAUUCGAAUGAAAAAGAUGUUAGUAUCAAUGACUCAAGUGAAAGUGAUGAAACAGAGAAAGCCAGCGAUGCAAUCGACAGUGAUGAAAACAGCAGAGGCGUCUCCCAUAGUAUGGAUGAAUCAUCACAUUCUGACGAGUCAUCCAGUAAUAACGACGAUUCCUUGGAAAAUAUCGCAUCCAUCCAAGGAGAGAAUGAGUCGACAGAUGAAAAACAGAGUGAAAUGUUAGAUAGCGACUCUAGCAAAGAAACCGAUGACUCGAAUGAGAGCAUGCCAGAUAAGGUUAAUCUAUCUCUUGGUUAUAAACAGAAAGAAAGAGACUCGGGAGAGACUGACACUGCUUUGAACAUACUUAGUAAUGCUGCAAGAAUUGUUGAAUAUGACGCUGAUACAGAAGAUAAAUCAAGAGAAAAUAAAAAAGCCCAUUCUUCAACAUCAAAAAUUGCAGAUGGUUUAACGUCAGGAAAUUUAGACAAAGAAUCAAAUGAAUCUCAUUCAAGCAAGAGUUCAGAAAGUGAUGAUCAAAACGAUUCACAAGAAAAUAACCAAAGCACCGAGGAUUCAAUAGUAGAGAAAAUUUCAAAGAGUGAUGCAUUUUCCAAAGAAAAUGAUGAAUCGGUGGAAAGUGUUGAUGCAAGCGACAGUAUUGAAUCUUUGGACAAUUCAAAAUCAGAAGAAAUUAAUGAUGAUGAGAGCGAAGAAAGCGAUGAGGAUUCCACACAAAAAGACAGUUCAGAUGAAGAAAAUCAUAUUGCAGGGGAAAGUAACGAAGAAUCGAACAGCGUAAAAUCAAAAGAUGAAAGCUUGGAUUCAAAGUACGAUAAAUCUUCCGAACAAAUGGAUGAAAGAUCUACUGAAACGUCUAUACAAGAUAGCAUGGAGAUUGAUUCAAACUCUGAUGAUCAAUCUGAUAAAUCGACUAAAAUGUCUAAGCCAGACGAAGGUCAAACACAAGAAAUUAGUAAUUCGGAGAGUAGCAAUACUUCGCAGCAAAGCUCAGAUAAAUCUAUUGAAAAUUCAAAAGACUCAAGUGAAAUCUCCGAGGAUGAAAAUACCUAUUCAGAGGAAAAUAAUGCCUUGAAGCAAAGUGUCGACGAAUCAAUCGACAUAUCUAAAGCAGGAAGUAGCCAUGACACAAAAAGCAUCGAUGUUUCCACAGAAAUGUUUGAACUCGUCAGCAGUCAGACAUCAAACGAGGAUAGCGGUGAUUUGAAGAAAGAAAGCGAUGACUCGAGUAUAUCUAGUAAAGCUGAAAGUAUUGAAAAGUCAUCCGAGGUGAGAGAUUCAAAGAACACAGAUGCAUCAAUCGAGAAAGGAUAUUCUUUGAAUGCGAGAUCUGAAUCCGAAAGCAUAGAAAAAUCAGAUGAGGAUCGUGGUAAUUCUAAUGAAGAUCAUACAUCUAUGGAAAACGGCAAUAAAUCGUUUGAAAAAUCAAGAAUAGGCAACAAUCGAAAUUCUGAUGAAGGAAAAAUUUCAGAACAAAGUGUCAGUGACUCGACCGAAAGUUUUGAGAGAGAUGAAAAUGACAGUAAUUCUGGUGAAUCAUAUAGUGACAAUUCUUCAGAACAGGAGACUGAAAAAUCAAAUGAAAAUAUUAAAUCGGAGAGUAUUGAAAACUCUCAAGAAGAUAAUCAAGAUUCAAAAUCCGACGAUGCAUCAAACGAAAGCGUCAAUGAAUCAACUGAAACUUCUAAAUCGGACAGCAGUGAAAUUUCAGACGAGUAUGGCAAUGAUUUUCAAAGCAUAUCUAAGGAAAUUGACGAUGAAUCGACUGAAAAGAGUAGAAACUCGAUGAAGAAUAACGGUGAAUCUAUUUAUUAUGAUUCUACUGAAGGCAUACCGAAAGAUAGUAGUGGAAUAUCAUACGAUUCUAGAACCAGUGCUAGUUUGGAGUCAAAAAGUGGACAAUCUGAUGAAAGCUCUGAAUCAAACAGCAUUGACAAAUCAGAUGAAAUUGGCGAUUCAGAAACUGCUGAUUCUUCAGAUCACUUUAGCCAUACAUCGAUAGAAAACUCAAAAGUAGAUAGCAGUACCACUGAUAUGAGUGGCAAUUCCAAGGUAGAUGAGGUUUCAAGUCACAGCAGCGACAAAUCAGCCGAAAAUACUAGAUUGCAAAAUAGCAUGUUUACAAAACCAAUCAAAGAUUCAACUGAAACCGUUGAAUCGUUACGUCAAAUUCUUCAUGAUUCUUUUAGAGAUAGUAAAGAAUCUAAACCAUCCUUGGAAAAUUCUAAAGAGAGUACUGAAGAUUCAGAUGAGAAACCCAAAUAUUCAAAGGAAACUGACGAAUCAGCAAGUCAGAAUUUUGAUGAUUCUUCCAAGGAUAGUCAUGAAUCUCAACCAAACGCGGAACAGCCAAAAGGAAGUACUCAAGAUUCAGUUCAAAUAUCGAAAUCUUCAUUAGAGGAAUCCGAUUCAAAAGAACACACCAGCAACUCGGCAGGUGAAAAGGAUUCAUUAGAAGAUUAUUCAGGCCUUACCCAAUUCAAAUCUAGUGAUUAUGACUUACAUAAUUUACAUUUAUAUUACGACGACCGCAAAGAGACUGUACAGAGAGACAUCUCAGCUUCUGCAGGGAAAGAAAAUUCUCAGAAUGACGAUUCCAGAGAGUAUGAAACUAAAUCGAAAGACUGGGAAGAAGAACACCCAGUGAAAAGUAUAUACGAAAGCACCACGGUUACUUAUGAUAGCACUGGGAAAGACAGUACAGAAGAAAAAGAUAAAACGUAUUCACCAAGAAGUGAGGAUUUUCCGGAAGGUAUUUUUGAUGACCAAAUCUAUUUGGAUUUUAUGCACAGACCUAUUGAAAAAAUCCAAAACAUUGCUGCCGAACCGUAUUUUAAGGUAUUGAAUGCUGACGUUGAAAAACCAGUCAAACAGGUAUCUGAAGAAAGUAAAGAAGGAAAGAGUGAUAAAGAGGACAGUGAAAACAACUUGCCUAGUCAUGUGAAAAAUAUUGAAAAACAUGAACGUUAUGAUGACAGUGAAGAGAGCAGGGAAUCAACAAAUGACGCCAAUCCUGCAGACUUACACUUUUUAAACAAUCAUAGGACAACAACUGAUGAUGGCACCGACGAGUAUUUCAUGCCAUCAAAUUUCUUUCACUUCGGACAAACAAGAAAUCCUUUCAAUAAUAGAAAUGAUGCACCUUCAACGGAUUUCAACAACGUGAUAACAACACCGAUUCCGACUGUCCCUGCUUCACACUACGUCGAUUAUAACGAUUCGCAACACAGUUCUUUCAGUCAUGCUGUAGGGUCUGACGUUCCACAAGCUAGUUUCCUUUCAUCUUUGAAAAACAACAGACACGUGGUUAAAGACUAUCAAAACAAUCAUCAUAAUCAACACACUCUUCACACUGACGACUUUGCGCUUGCAGGAAAUUAUGGCGAUAACCCUUAUGGAGGAACUUGGAAUUAUGACAAUAAUGACGAUUCAGAAAGACAAUAUACGAAUAAGCAACAGCAGACACGGAAGAAAUAUCAUGGUAACACCUUCUCUUUGCUUCGUGGUUUUCAUCAGGAAUCUCAGUAUGUCCACACAGACGAUUAUUCACAAGACCACACCAAUUACAGAGACGAUUCUGAGACUGUAAACAGUUAUAUGAAUGAUGACAAUCACUGGAUCUCUCAUGGAGGCAGCUCUAACAACGCUGGGAAUCAACAUCCAUCCCAUAGUGAUCAUUCCUCUCAAUGGCACUCUGCAUCCACUACUGAUGACAAUUCAUUUAAUCAACCAGCUACAACCAACCAUUGGUCAACAGGAGACAAACAGGCAUUGACAGAACAAGCGAAUAGACGAGAUGAAAACAUAUUCUUAGAUCCCGUGACCAAUUACUUUAGUAACUCUGUGCACAGGGAUACAUUUGGAAGACCAAACGACCAAUUAAACAUACACAUCAACGUACCAUCUGACGAUACACACACCCAACAACAUUUAAACACCCAUACAAAUAAUAUUCAGCCACACCUAGAUAGUCAUCGGUAUGAUGAUAGAGCAUCUUUUGACACUGUUCGGAACUUCCAUAGCCCAGUACAUGAUCAAAUAUUCAAUACAGAACAUAGUGAUAAGAGGAAUUAUGAUACUUCUACAAUUCCAUACACUUCACCUAGCAUAUCUAAUAUUCUUCAACCUUCGCAACUACACAGAAAUCCUUUUGCUGCAGAUGACAGCACAUUCGGUGAAAAUAAUGACAGUAAUCAGGAAGAUGAUUAUAGGUACAACAAUCAAGAUUAUGAAAGUCAUAAUGGUAACAACGAUUAUAGCGAUGAUAAUGAUGAUGAUGAUGAAGACCGAUGAAACAAUUCAAUUCAUAGCCAAUUUACCAGGAAUGGUAUCAAAAUCCGAGAGGAACAAAAUGAUAGUUCUAAAGUUAAAGAGCUGAAUUUGUACAAUGCAAGAGCUAAAAGUUAGUUGCAUGCCACUGCAACUAAAUCACAAUUGGCACGUAGUGCUAAGGCGAAUUCUUGGAUACAGACAUGCCCAGUCUCUUUCGAGUCGAGCACGUGUUGAAUAAUUGAUCAUGUUGAUUGUAAUAGCAUGAUGACUUGUGACAAAUUUCUCUAAAAUCCAGAUUUGUGUUUGUAUAUUGUAUCUUCUUCAUUUUUUAAGUUUAAUGUUUUACCACAAGACGUUGUAACAGGUUUAAUUCACCAAUCAAAUCCUGACAAUCACUGUAUUUUUAAUACAGUCCGACUUCCUCAAUGUUGCACAGGUUUUAACAGCACUGUCAGGCAUUUCAAUGUUUCUAAACUUUCAACAGUAUUUGUUUUUAAAACGCAGUUUAUUUCAUAACACAUUUCCUUUUUCAUUAAAAAAAAAGUCAUGAUUUUUAUAAGAUGGUCUUUAUUAUUCGUUAAAUAAAAUUAGUGACCCUAAUUGUAUUCCACACAUCAGAUGACCUUGAUAGGUCAUGAAAGGAAAUGAUUUCCAUAGGUUAGAAAUGCAGUUCGGAGUGCUGAUUUAUUCUUGCUAAGUUGUCUCAUUACUAUGCAGAGAAUGUUUAUUUUGUAUUUUUAUUAAGAGCAUAAAUACAUGUUCCAUAUCUAUUGCUCCGGUUCAUUCAAAUCUCUUGUCUGUUAUUUGUCAGUCAAGAUUUAAUGUCAUGCACCACGAUAUUAUCUUUCUUCUUCUCGUUCAUAAAUAUGAAUAAGUGUCUCUGAUUGGAGGAGUGAACAAUUUAUCUAGCAUUUACUUCAAUCGGCUCUCAUUUCUAAGACCCUAAAUUAUGUAUGAAUAAUGAAUAGUUUACAUGAAUGUUAGUCCUAGCAAACAUUUGUAAAAAGUGUAGGCUCCUUGCAUGUAGUAAAUGAAGGGGGUUUUGUUUUUAUGUUAUCAUCAUGAAUUGUGCUGGACACAAAGUGUCGUGGGUAAAAUAAGCUGGAUUUAUUUUAUCUACAAAUAUGUUUCUUAUUGUUAUUCUCAAUUCAAAUAUAUAAUAAAAUGUUUGUAAUGUAUCA